GUCAAUGGUUCUUUACAGUAGCCUGUUUCAGGAAAGAAAGAGCUCCCAACUUUAAAAACAUUUUUUCAUAUGUGGAGCAUUCUCUCUCCAGAACUACAUAAGUGUUUCCACUGUUCUGAUAAAUGUCUUCAAGUGGAGUUGCAGGCAGCUCUGAAAAUGGGGGGUUGCCGGCUGAAAUUGAAUGGUUAACUAGGUCUGGGUCCCAAGCCCUAGAGAAAGACGACCGUGACCAAGCCUUGGCCCUCUUUAAGAAGGCCUUCCUCUUGUCCAACACUCUGCCUGAAGGCCAAAUGCAAAGGACUUGUCUCUUCAACCUGGGUGCUGCCUACACUGCCGCAGGCAGGGCUCAGAAAGGCCUGAAGUGCUUUGUGAAGUGCAGACUACAGGAGCCGGAGCAGAGAGAUGCCGACCUGCACUUCAACAUCGCCAUUGCUUAUGACGAGCUUAAGGAAUACGCCAAGGCUGUCCGGUUCUAUCGGAAAGCAGUGGGCGGCUACGCUCCAGGGCAAGCGAACAGCAUGGGUGAUGCCCUGAUAAAACUGGCUUACUGCUGCGUGAGUCUGGGAGAUGCCACCUCUGCUGCUGAGUCGUUCAGUUGGGCUGGGCAAUCCUACCAGCACGCCGGAAGGAGGGAGGACGCCGCCAUGGCGUUGAGAGAAUCAGCCAAUUACAUGAUCCGGAGCGGCGGGGUCUCCGAAGAGCAGGUGCUGGGGGUGCUGCAGGAGUGUCUACAGACGAGCAGGGGAAUCACAAAUCCCAGUCUGAAAGGAAAGCUGCUUAACGACGUGGGUCUGCACUACGCUGAGCUGAAGAGCUUCCACGCGGCGGGACAGUGCUUCUCUGAGGCCCUGGCCUGCUGCUCCGGACAGAACUUCAGCAUCAGAAGGAGAGCCGUGCUGCUCCAGAACAUGGGGGCCAUCCACAACGCCCUGCAGCGAUAUGCCGAGUCUUUGACAUACCACACCGAAUCCGCAGAAAUGUACGGUUCCCUGGUGGAGAGGAAGGGACAGGGAGAGUCUUUGUGCAACCUGGCCUAUGCUUACAGCCAAAUGAAGAAUUACCAAGCAGCAGCUCUACAUUACCAAGAGGCCCUGCAAGCCUUCGCUGACAUAGGCGACCUACGCGGGCAGUGGCAGGUGUGUGAGGGCCUGGGAGCUACACACUUCUGCCUUGGCAACGCAGAUCAGGCCUUAUCUUACUACAAACAAGCGCUGGUUCUGUUUGGAGAGUCAAAGGAGGCAUCGGACGUCCCCAAGGAGAGGAUCUGGAGGAAACUGAAGGACGUGCUGGACAGCGUGGGGGCUCUGCCAGAGUCGGAAUCAAGGCGGCAGGCCCUCUCCACGUGCGCACAGUCUUCUCUGUCAACAAAGUUUGGAGAAGACAGCCUGAGGUUUUCUGUCCCCAAACAACACUGUGAAAGACCUGGGUCUGAACUCAGAAUGGGGAUGCUCCAAUGAGGAAUUUCAACGAGCGGAAGUUGGAAAGAAAAGGCUGUUUCUUCCACCGAUUUAGUGAAACUGUAAAAACUUUCUCAGUGGGUUUUUAGUCACAUACAUCACAGAGAGACAUAAACAAUAUAUUAUGUCCAGAUAUGCACUCUGCUUUGAUAAAAACAAAGCAGGAAGGCUUUUGCAGCAUUACAAUUAAAAAUCUAAUAUGUCCAUAAAUUCAAAACUAUGCCUUCUUUUAUUUCAUUUACAGUAACAAGAAUACAAAAUUUGAUAGAAAAACAAUGCUUUCAAACGAAGAGUGAGUCUGCCUAAAUAAAUUACAUUUUAAUGAGUCAUAUCUAAUUUUUCCCGCUGUAAAAAGAACAGAAUGACUAAUUGCAUGAAACAUUCCAAAAUAAUGUAAGUUAUGUUCUAAGUCAUCUCAGAAAUAUACAUGUGAAUAAAUACUCAAGCUACCAGACCCAUCUGUAAAGAAUCCUAUUCAUGCCCUGUGUACUCCGUCAAAGCCUGGAGAAAACUCACACUUUCUUAGACACGGGCAGGGAUUCAACUGAGAGAUAAGACUUUAUUGAUCCCGAAGGGAAAUUGAUUAAGUUUCUGGUUUGUCAUUUUUUGCCUCCCCUCAUUGCAUUUCUCACCAGAGGACCAAUAAAAAGAUU